GUUUUUCAGAACUGUCUCAUGAACGUUCAGCUGGAGUCUUUUCUCAAUGAGAUUGAGUCGGAGCGUCUGUUCAGCAACAUCGACAAGAUCUAUGAGUGCAACUGUUUGUUCUGGCAGCACCAUCUCCUGCCCAUCCUCCAGUCCAGCAGAGAAAGCCACCAGCCCCUGGACCCUCUCCUGUCCAAGGAGGGCUUCGUAGAUCAUUUCCCUAUCCUGUUCCAAGUUUACUUCAAGUAUUUUAUAGAACACAAAUCGUGCCUGGACUAUGCCAAGUCAUGCAUGGACAGCAAUGACCUCUUCAGAACAUUUAUUCAGUGGGCAGAAACCCAGAAGCAGUGCAACCGCCUGAGAUUUUCUGAUAUUCUUGGACAGCCAAUGCCUCGACUUCUCAAGUACUCACUUCUGCUGCGAGCCAUCCUCAAAUAUACAGAGAAGGACAGUGAUAGGAUAGACCUGAAAGCAAUGAUCUUGUCUGUGAACAAGCUGUGUGGGGCUGCCAACAACAGUCUGAGAAGAAUUGAAGAAUACAAACGACUAGAAGCUGUGAGAAAAACUUUGGAGCCUUUCGACUCAAUUGAAGCUCCAAAUGAUGAGUGUGCAAAAAUUAUCCAAGGUUUUGUGGCAAACUUUAACCUCCUGGCCCCAAUGCCAGGGUUUCAGGAUGGACCUCGUAGUCUGCUUUUUCAGUCCAGUCUUCGAAUGAAGGAAGGGCAGAAUGUCAAGAUGGAUGUUGACUGCCUGCUCUUCACGGAUCUCCUACUGAUAUGCAAGUCCAACAGGAAGAUGGAGAGGUUUAAAAUGAUCAGGCCACCCAUGCGACUGGACCAUUUGGUGAUGAGUGUGCUGAAGGAUAAAAACAGCUUCCUGUUAAUUUACAUGAAUGAAUACAAUGUCCCGCUGUCAGCCUUCACCUUUCACAGUGACCCAGGAUCCAUUCGGGGCUGGGUGGAGAAGUUUAGAGAAGCCCAGAGAGAGUUCAAGGCAAAAGACAUCCAGAAGAACUCAGAGACAGAUCGUCUUCGCUCAGAUACAACUUUGACCCAAAGUGACCUUGAUGACAUGUCAGUGUCAUCUGCAUUAUCAUACAUUGAUAUUGUCACUUCUACAAUCCCUCGCUCAGAAAGCUCAAAUUCACUUGAUCAUUUUGUGCCCAAUGUUUUGACAUGUAAUGAAGCCAGGGCUGCAGAUAUGAAUCGAUCAGAAGUUGGUCAUUCAAAUUCCAUGCCAGAUUUUAUGAAUAUGGCUUCUAGCUUAUCUACUGAAUCACAUGGCCAGAAUAAGCCAGCAGACAUGAAACUGGUACGCUCAUCUAGUGCAUGUGAUUCUCCAGUCACCAAAGAUGCUGACAUGGAAGUAGUGGAUGGAAAUCUUAACAAAUGCAAGCCUGCUCAUUCAGUUUCAAUGUCAGCUAGCAAAAGUAUGGACCAGAAUAGCAACAUUAACAUGUCCAUAAAUAGCAUUGUUUCAGAACCUCCAUAUCUGGUCACAGCUUCAGAUGAAUCUAGUAGAUUUAAAGAAAUGGCAAAAGAAGAAUGGCAAUCCUCUCAGAUGCACUCUAACAAAUUAGAUCCACGUGCAACAAAAUCUGUCCAGAAAAAUUCUCCUGAACAAGCCACUGUAAACACAAAACUCAACUCUCGGCGAACAGAAAAACGUUACCAUACAGCAGAUGAAAUUCCAGACAUACUUAAUUCUCAGAAAGAUCCUGGCAUCCAGAAAUGGUCUUCUCUAAGGAAAGAUGUCCAGCUGUCUGACUUUCAUGAUCUAGGCUCCACAGUCUUCAGCACAGACUCCUUUCAGAGUUAUCAGUCAUCAAGCGGUGUCAGUUCUAACGGCUCACUACACCUGACAGUAGAGACCAGUGAAAGGAAUGAUUAUGCUUGUGAUGUUGAUGUUUUGGUCGACAGCCACCUCACAGAACUUGAUCCUCCAAAGCCGUUAUUAAUUAAUGAUGAAAGAAAUAUCCACGGCAGACUUGAUUUCACUGAUGGUGGUAGCACUAGAUCUUUUUUAUCCGAACCCAGUUCGUACUUAACUGAUUCCAAGCAUGCCAAAUCUAAAUCAACAUCUGAUUUAGUGGAAACCUUUGGCAACAGUCUACAGGUCAGUCAGAUGACUGAUGGGAUAGCUUCAGUUGCUGUAACUCCAGAGAAUUUCCAUAGGAAGUUGACUCAUUUAGACAUCCUGCGGAUGAAAAAGAUAAAGCAUCAGAUUCUGUUUGAUGUUAAUGUAGAAUCAUCUGAUGUGUAA